AUGAAUCCGAUAUCGUUGUCGAGGAAUAGGAGCUUCGUGAGAUUGCGAGCCUCGUGUGGGAUUCAACAUGACCGCGUUGUCACCGCCCCCACAUGCCGGCGCUGUGUCCCAGAAACCCAUGGCCGAUACACUAGCUCGUUGACGAAGCAAGCGCAGAGUGGUAAAGAUGAUAACGAAAUGAAUGAUAAGGAAGAUGGGGAAAAAGGUGCCAUGGCGCGACGGCUGUCUCAAAUGACAGAGGAUGCUUUAUUAGAAGGUGGAAGCUCGGCGCGUCGCAAUAUACAGCACGCGGGUUUCUCGGAGGACCUGAAGAAACAGUUAGAAGAACGAGUCAAGGCGGCAUCAUUCAAAAGUGAACAUGCUGCUGCACACUCAAUUCUCGAUAUGCCUUCGUCUGCAGGCCAAGGCACACGGGAAGCCGCAGCAGCUCCUACAUGGACAGGCACCGAGAGCCUACAAGACUCGGCUUUACGCAUGCUUGACGACGCAAGCAAACCCAUCCGCACACCAUUCAAAAUACCCAACCCGGUUAAUCUCCAGCCCGCGCCGAAACCGAAGCAUUCCCCCGGUGUCCGUAUAGCCAAAGCGAAAGAGCGCACAUCCAACUACGCAAUGAGCCAAACACCAGGUCUCUCAGAAGAAGAACGAGAAGAAAUCCGUAACGAAAUGCGAGAAAAAUUAAAUCCUGGUGCGCGUAAUAUGCCCAUAUCCAUACAAGGUCUUUCGUCUCUCGCAAAUGAACGGAUAGAAGAUGCCAUAGCACGAGGACAGUUCGAGAAAAUCCGACGUGGGAAGGGCGUCAAUACCGAGACGGAUCAUAACGCGAACAGCGCAUAUAUCGAUACUACGGAGUAUUUUAUGAAUAAGAUUAUCCAGAAGCAGGAGAUUGUACCGCCUUGGAUAGAGAAACAACAGGAACUCGCUACGGAAAUUAGUCGUUUUCGGCAGAGGAUACGGGCUGAGUGGAGACGUCAAGCUGCACGACUUAUUGCUAGCCAGGGCGGGUCCUUGGAGGCGCAGAUGCAGCGGGCAAGAGCUCAUGCUGCUGCUGAAGCUCGUUUAUUAGAGAAGGAUAAGCUCGAAGCUGCGCUACGAAAUGAGACUACAAGCAUAGACGGCGAGGCUGUUGUUUCGGAGAUAGCAACCGAUGGCCGCAUUGUCUCGAAAAUAGAGCCUGAUGUCGCUGCUGAAUCUCAGGUCAGCGAGAAGGGGACUGAAGAACUACCUCAUUUACCUCCGUUACGAGAUCCGCAGUAUAUGAGUAUCGAGCGAUCAUAUCAUGAGCUUGCCGUGAAGCGGAUAAACAGCAUCACACGAUCUUAUAACCUUCAAGCGCCCCGUUCGGCACAGAAAUCCUAUUUCAAUCUUGAGCGGGAGCUGAGAUCUUGCUUUGCAGAUGUCGCGCCUAGUCUGGCUGAGGAAAUAAAGCGACGUGCAACGGAGCGGACUCGUGGGCCGGCGUCUGCCGUUGGUUCCUCGUCUAGUGUAUUUGGGUCUAUUGGACCCAACCGGCCAGUGGUUCGGGUGUAUGAAGAGGAUAAGACCAAAUCUUAUGGUCUUAAGGAAAUGUGGCGCGAUAUCUUCUCUAAGGAUGGCUAG